UAAUAGGGAUAGCCAUAUUGUCGACAGUACCCAUAAUACCCUCUUCUCCUCUAUUACGUAAUUUUCAAAAAUUACAUAAUUUUCAAAAAUCACGUACUAAUUUGGAACAUUUCAUUACGUGACUCGUACGUGAUUUUGUCAUAUGAUUUUGUCACGUGAUUUUUUCAGUAGAGAAGAGCAAUAUAUAGGAACACCAAGAAUAAAGUAAUCUACAAAAUAAUGCUGUAAGGAUUGCGAUGCGACAUAUAUUGGUCAAACUAAGAGACAAUUAGGCACUAGAAUUAAAGAGCAUUAAAAUAACGAAAAAAUAGCAUAAAGUUAAUGAGAGAUACUGAAUUGCUUGACUUAUAAUGCUUAUUUUGAUAUUCUGAAAGAAAUUGCUGAUAUCUCCUUCUCUCAAUAUUUUGUAUUUAUAUUCAUAUUUACACUUCCAACAUAAUAUCAUCGACCUUUGGACUAAAUCUUAUGUUAGUCGAACGUGAGAUCUCUUUCGGUUAUGAAGUAGAGACGUCAAACAACUAGAAUAAUACUCGAAGGAUAAAACACUCAAAGGACUAAUACUAGAUGGAAAUUUGACAUCCUACACAAAACUCCUUCGAGAGUACAAUGAGUUUAUCAACUCUACCGCGUGUUUUGGUGACUAGUAAUGAAGUUCCCGCUGUCGGUAUCGAUUUGCUUCGCACAAAAUGCGACGUUACUGUUAUACCAGCUGGCAUAAGCAGUCGAGAACAAGUAUUGCAAGCUCUUCCUGGACAUGACGCUGUAUUCCUCGCUAGCCAUCAUAUUGUCAACAACGAGUUUUUGAACAUCGCCGGACCAAAUUUAAAAGUUGUAUCGACAAUGUCUGCAGGAUAUGACCAUUUAGAUGUUCCAGAAAUUAAAAAAAGAGGAAUUAAAGUCGGACAUACGCCGAUGGUAUUGUCCGCUGCAGUCGCGGAAAUCGCGGUUCUAUUGUUAUUAUCUGCGGCAAGACGCGCCCACGAAGGUCGCAUGGAACUGGAACGAGGUAUCUCAAAAUCGGGACCGCAGUGGCUGUUGGGACAAGAUUUACGAGGUUCUACAGUUGGCAUUUUUGGUCUAGGAAAUAUUGGUCAAGCAGUUGUUAAACGAUUAAUGGGAUUUGAAGUGGGGCGUUUUAUUUAUUCCGGACAUUCGCGCAAAAAAGCAGGUGAUGAACUUGGUGCGAUAUUUGUAUCUCUGGAUGAGCUUCUGGAACAGAGUGAUUUUCUUGUGAUUUCGGCGCCUUUAACUAACGAAACUCAAGGACUUUUCAACGAUAGCGUUUUUGACAAGAUGAAGAAAACAGCUAUCUUGGUAAAUGUAUCUCGCGGUCAAAUCGUCAAUACCGAUUCACUUGUGAGAGCUUUACGUAAUAAGAAGAUAUUCGCUGCCGGUCUAGACGUCACAGAUCCGGAACCGCUACCACCAGGACACGAACUUCUAAAACUGCCUAAUGUCGAAAUUGUGCCACAUGUGGGCAGCGCAACAAUCAAGACCCGUAACGAUAUGUCGAUAAUCGCAGCGCAAAAUAUUCUCAAUGGUCUUGAGGGCAAGGCCUUGGUUUACUCUUUAUAAUAAUUCAUAUUUCUUCCAUGUUGUGCAUUUCUUAUAUUACUUUACUUAUUCAAAAAUGUUACUAGAAAUGAUUAUUUAUUCAAUUUUAUGUAUGAUUUAAUAAAAUUUUCUUUGAUUCUUCUGCAGAAA